AUGGCGCCUUCGUUGUGGCAGUCGCUGCGAGCAUGCGCUCUUACGGUGCUCCUCGCACUGUGCCAGAGUGCAUCGGCUGACGGGGUAACGGCCAUUUCUGGUGCCACUGUCUCUAGCACGAUUCUUAUUCUUGCUCGUGAUUAUACAUCCGCGCAGAAUAGCGCAUUUUCCGGUCUGCAAGGUUACGGAAUCCCUUACGACGUCGUCACGGUCCCUCAGGAAGGCAUUGCUAGUCUUCCAGUUCUCAACUCUUCCGCUACUCAUGGAAACUACGGAGGUAUUGUCGUGGUCAGCGAAGUGGGCUACAAUUACGGCGACCAGUACUAUAGCGCCCUCACCCGGAGGCAAUGGAAUGACUUGUGGGACUACCAAACGCGAUUCGGCGUGCGCAUGGUCAGAUUGGAUGUGUUUCCGACCAGCGACUUCGGCGUAACCAGUAAUGGCGGCAACCAAAACGAUGAAACUUUUAUCUUCACGAAUACCAGCGGUUUUGCCACCGCGAACUUGAAGACAGGCGCUGCCGCCAACAUUAGCAUUGCAAACAUUUACCACACGCCCGCGACAAUAACAAACUCAUCGAUCGCUUGGGAGAUUGCCAAAUUCAGCAACGCAGGAACUGCUGCAGUUAUCAACCAAAUCGGAGCUCGUCAACAAAUGGUGUGGUUCCUGCCUUUCGCGCUCGACUGGGCUCCCUCUAGCAACAUCAUCCAACAUGCUUGGAUCCACUGGGUCACACGUGGCCUAUACGUCGGCUUCCGAAGAAUCUACUUCAGUACGCAGGUGGACGACAUGUUCCUGGUGACGCCUCUGUAUCGGCCCCAAGGGCAAUCAUACCGCUGCAAACCCGAAGACCUGGACUUGCAUGUGACUUGGCAAGCCGAUCUUAACAAGCGGAUGCCCUCAGGCUCAGAAUACUUCAUCGAAAUUGGCCAUAACGGGAACGGUGAUAUCGAAGCUGCGACCGAUACAGUGGCCGGAGAGACGGAAUGCAAUCCAGCCACUGGCAUCGAUUAUCCUGACCAGGUGGACGGGAAUCCAGAGUACAUGAAACCCCCAGGUACUGGCACGGACAUUUGGCCAGCCACACCUACAAAGUAUACCUGGAGUCGCCAAUGCGCAGAACUUGAUGAGCUUGAAAAUUGGUUUGCCGACGAGACAAACCGGGAUAAGUUUGCCCACAUCUCUCACACCUUCUCCCACGCGGACCUUACAAAUGCUACAUAUUCGGAUACGGCGAAGGAGAUCGCGUUCAAUCAGGCUUGGCUGAAGCAAGUUGGCCUCGAUGCUGCGAAGCGCUUUAGCCCGAAGGGCAUCAUUCCUCCUGCCAUCACCGGGUUGCACAAUGCGGAUGCCAUCCAGGCCUGGAUCGACAAUGGCAUCGUCAACGUAGUUGGUGACAACACAAGGCCUGCGCUCCUCAACAAGCAAAACCGUUUCUGGCCGAUGCAGACUACAGUUCAAGGCAACGGAUACGCGGGACUCAACGUAAUGCCCCGAUGGGCAACACUCAUCUACUACAACUGUGACUUGCCCGCUUGCACACUCCAGGAGUGGAUCGAUACAUCAGCUGGCAAGGGCGACUUCAAUGACCUCCUGACGAAUGCUAAAAACACCGCGGUCAGGAAUUUGAUGGGCCUGCACUGGGAUCCUUACAUGUUCCAUCAAGCGAACAUGAGGGUUAAUGACGUGCCUACGGCUACUCUGAACGGGAAAAGAGGACGAUGGUCUCUCCUCAUGAUCUGGACCGAAACGGUAGCGCAAGAAAUGAUGCGACUUACCACUUGGCCAUUCAAAACCCUGAAGCAAGACGACCUUGUACAACAAUUCCUCAACCGCCAAACGCGUGACCAGUGCAGACCAAGCAUGACUUGGCAAACCUCGGCCGACGGCAAGAGCAUAGAAAGCGUCACGGUUUAUACAGCCGGUGGUAACAAGUGCUCCACUACCAUCCCCAUCACGGUUCCGGCAGCUGUCUCUUCAACUACCGGCGCAACGAAGGAGCAGUUGGGCAGUGACCCGCUUACAUUGUGGGUCACGAUGAGUGGCUCGUCAAGGACGUACAAGUUCUCGAAACCCAUUCCUCUAUAG